AAUAGAUGACAGCUGACAUAUUGGUAAGGACAAAUCUAUAGAUCAACCACAUCCUGACAAAUCUAUUUCAUUUUUCAACGACUUGUAGGCUUUUACUUCAGACCAUUCAUUUAUUAUUUUAAUUAAUUCAUGAGCUUAUUAAUUACGAUCUUUUAGAUGUUCAAAAAGUAAAAUCUCAUUUGAAAUAUAAAUAAUAAAUUUCAAGAAAAAACAGUGUCUGUAUAAUUUUCAUCACCAUCAUUGCUAAAGAAGAAAAAGAAGAAAAAUUGUUUUCGAGUCGAAGGUUUAGACUUAUUUCCUACUUGUUGUGUUUUAUGUUUCAGUAUUAAGUUAUUAAUUACUCUUUUAUUUGGGAAUGUCCUCUAUAACACGAACAAUGAAUGUAGAACCAAAGACCAAAAAAAAACCUCCCAGACCACCACCUCCUAAUUGGUCAAAAUAUAGAAGUAAGUCAACGUAUAAUUUAUUUGAAAAUCUUAUAGAAUGGACACCACCUAAUUCUCCAAAGAUAGAAAAAAAAAUUGGGGGCAGUGUCUCAAGUUCUUUCAACAGUAGUAAUAGUAGUUUGGCCUCUAGCAAAAAUAGUAUUGAAUGUGAUAUUCCAAUUUUCAACAAUUUAUGGCCUACCAGUCGCUCCAAUAUUCACAAUAAAAAUACGUCAGACGUGCCUUCUACACAAGCAAAUACGAAACCUAUUAAUAUACCAUCUAACCAUUCAUAUGCAUCGCCUUCAACAUUGGGUCCUACUAUAAUCAGAUCUAUUCAAAAAAAAAAUAUGUGUAAGGAAUCAAUCAAGAUGAGUCCACCAUCCAUACCAAUGCCGUCGAUUCCUCCUCCAGAUCCCCCUAAAGAUAUUCAAUAUGAUGAUAUCCCAUAUGGAAUUGCAUUGUAUGAUUUUCAGUCAAAAGAACCAAAUGACCUACCAUUCCAAGUGAACGAUAUUAUUUUACUCACAAGAAAAAUCAAUGAUGACUGGUUUUAUGGGAAAACGGGAGAGAGAGAAGGUAUAUUUCCAGCUAAUUUUAUUGACGUCAUAGUGCCUUUAUCUGAAAAUGACAAGACUGCCAUGGCCUUAUAUGAAUUUCAAGCACAAAUAGAUGGAGAUCUGUCAUUAAAACCUGGUCAAUUGGUUAAUGUUACAAAAAAAAUAAAUGAUGAUUGGCUAUAUGGAGAAUCUAAUGGGAAAUUUGGCCAGUUUCCAAGCAAUUUUGUAGAUAAAGUACCAGCUUUAUAAUAUCUCAUCAUUAUUAUUAACAUUUCAAAAUGUAUAAUUUUAUACCAUUUACAUCAAUAUAGCAAUAGGAAAAAAUAAUUGAUAUUAUAAGUUAUAUUUUUGUCUGAAGAAAAAAUUGAAAAUAUAAAUAUUUCUUGGUUGUAUCUCAUACAUUAAAUUCUGUUUAGAGUUAUAUUAGGACUAAAUUAGGGUUUUAAAUUUUAAUUGGAUUUAAAAAAACAGCAUUCUUUAUCCAAUUAUAUUGAGAUAUCACAACUCUAAACUACAUUCUAUCUUUAUGUCACAUUUCGUUCAAUUUUGAAAAAAAUCUUAAUUUUUAUGAUCCUAAAAAUUCUCAUUCAAUUAAAAGGUUUCUAACAGAUAUAUAA